UUUUUCUGUGUACUUUUGUGAGCGACGCAGCGGCAGCGGACUGUGUUGUUCUAAGUGAGGAGACGAGCAUAGAGAGGCUGAAAUCAUGAAGCCACUUUUACUCGGAGUACUGGGCUGCUCUCUGGUUCUGGCUGUCCAAGCUUUGUACUCGGCUAGUGAUGAUGUGAUCGAGCUCACCCAAUCCAACUUUAACAGAGAGGUGAUCCAGAGUGACAGUCUGUGGCUGGUCGAGUUUUAUGCUCCCUGGUGUGGCCACUGUCGAAAUCUAGCUCCUGAUUGGAAGAAGGCAGCUACUGCCCUCAAGGGUAUUGUCAAAGUUGGUGCUGUGGAUGCUGACCAGCACAAGUCACUGGGUGGCCAGUAUGGUGUCAGAGGGUUCCCCACCAUCAAGAUCUUUGGCGCUAAUAAGAACAAACCAGAGGAGUACCAAGGUGGACGCAGCAGCCAGGCCAUCGUGGAUGGAGCCAUGAACGCUCUGCGUAACCUGGUGAAAGAGAGGCUGAGCGGCAGAUCUGGUGGCUCUGACUACAAACAGCAGAGCGGUGGUGGUGGCGGCAGCAGUGGUGGGAACAAGAAAGAUGUGGUCGAGCUCACUGAUGACAACUUUGACAAGUUGGUGCUGGACAGUGAUGAUGUGUGGCUGGUGGAGUUUUUCGCCCCCUGGUGUGGACACUGCAAGAACCUGGAGCCUGAAUGGGCAGCUGCAGCCACAGCUGUCAAGGAACAGACCAAGGGCAAAGUUCGCCUCGGAGCUGUUGAUGCUACUGUACACCAGGGCGUGUCCAGUCGCUAUGGGAUCCGUGGGUUUCCCACCAUCAAGAUUUUCCGCAAAGGUGAGGAGCCAGAAGACUACCAAGGAGGUCGCACCCGCGGUGACAUUAUUGAGAAGGCUUUGGAUCUGUUUUCUGACAAUGCUCCUCCUCCAGAACUGCUGGAGAUUCUCAGUGAAGACGUCUUAAAGAAGACCUGUGAGGACAGUCAGCUGUGUAUAAUUGCUGUCCUGCCGCACAUCCUAGACACAGGCGCGGCAGGUAGGAACAGCUACCUGGAUGUGAUGAUGAAAAUGGCUGAGAAGUACAAGAAGAAGAUGUGGGGCUGGCUGUGGACCGAGGCAGGGGCUCAGAUGGAGCUGGAAUCCUCUCUUGGUAUUGGUGGUUUCGGCUACCCUGCCAUGGCUGCCAUCAACACACGCAAGAUGAAAUUUGCUCUGCUCAGGGGUUCCUUCAGUGAGACUGGUAUUCAUGAGUUCCUCAGGGAGCUUUCUGUGGGCCGUGGCUCAACUGCCACAUUGGGAGGUGGCGUCAUGCCCAAGCUUCACACUGUUGAACCAUGGGACGGCAAAGAUGGACAGCUUCCCGUGGAGGAGGACUACGACCUCAGUGAUGUAGAACUCGAUGACUUCAAGGACGAGUUAUGAGUCCAAAUGGGGCAGGACUGAUCCAGACUAUCUGCGUUUGGUCUGGUCUGGUCUGGUCCUGUGCGCUCCACCUCCCCUCUCCUGUGGAUGAAUGGGAGGCCCGGUCGCCCAGUUACUGAAAUACUCCUGAAAAGACACAUGAGAGACACCUGCGGUUUCUCACAUCAUCUUGUUAGUCACAAGGAGGACAGGAAGGAGGGGAGAGUGUGUCGUGUCCUCUGAGUGAACUCUUUCUCACAUACCUGCUGAACGCUAGAUGCCGCAUAUUUAAAACAGCUGCUGCCCACUGAGGAGAGGAGGGUGGAGCUUCCGAAUGUCACAUUUUUGUCAUUGUUUCACUUUUUAAAACAUUGCCUUUCCUGCCCUCGUCAAGCACCUACUUUGAGAUGUGGACUUGUCAAAUUAACACUUAAACGUCCCACCUGAUGUGACUAAAUUUGUCUCUUUUUAAACCAGUGACUGAGGAUGUUGGUGAGUUUGCAUCAUGUGUGUCCAGGACAAAUGGGGAUACCAAGGGGGGACUUCUUGUGUAGAUUUUUCUUACACAACUUUAUUUCAAUUGUGUGAAAACAAAAGGACAUUUUUGUUACAAAAAUAAAAAGAAAUUAAAAAUAA